CUCAAUGAUUAUAAUAUAUUUGUCCAUAUUUUAUUAUUAUUUUGCAAAAGGAACACUAAAACGAUGGCUCCUGAAAGCAGCAUUGUCAAGUCUUCCGCUUAGCGGCGGUAUGUUGUUGUCAUGGCGGCGUUUCAAACUGUCGGAAAGCUUGGGGGAAAUUUAAAAGGUUGUACUGUUUAUUACAAACCUCCGUUUAACGACUCGAUGUGCCUAACUUUAUAACAUCUAUAUAAACGGAAAAGUUAGUUACAAACGAAGUCGAAUGGAUGAUUUUGCGAUCCUCUUGAUGUCAGCAAACUAAUUCAAAGGUUAGCUGUUGCUAACCCGUUAGCCUUGACGCUACAGCUGGUGUUUAUAUAAUGGCUGCACAGCUUUUGCAGAGUUGUCCACAACCUUCCGUACGGCAACAAAAUCAAGAAAAUGCCUGGGUCGUAAUUGACAAAAGGACAAAAACACACAACCGCAGCGACCUAUAUUCUGGAAUGCUCCAAAGCAAGUUGCUCUUCAAUGAAGCCAUCCCUGCACGUGCCAGUAACCGUGCCACCCACGUAGGCCCACCAGCUCCUAUUGUGAUAGAGAGGCUUCUCCCUCUGUCAGAGCAGUGUGACAAUGUGAACAGCUCCAAGAGCUCCAUCAGCUUCACCACACUCUCUGAGGAGAGGCUCCAGGCAGCUGUCAAGCUGGCCAAAAGAGAUCUGAGACGACGGCGCCUUGAAUUACUGACAAAGCCUCCUGCCACACCUUCGCACCAGGCCUCGUUCUUUGAAACAAGCGAUGCAGAGCUGCUUGAGGAGCUAGCAGCCACUCCAAGCAAAGCAAAGUUAAAGGCCUCAAGUCCAAAAGAGAAACAAAGUGCUAAAGACAAAGUGUUGGUAAACGUGUCCCAAAAGCAGCACAUUUCUCACAUGCCUAGGACUGGUCAGUCACCCCCUACCAGAGAUCAUGGUCCUAAGCAGCUGGAAAGAGGGCAACGGGCUUCUUUAAGCCGGGACAUCUACAGGCUUCAAAAUGAGCUGGAAGUGUAUAUUCAGAAGGUAGAAGAGCUGGCCAGUGGAGGAGAGAAAAUGGAGGAGCCACUUGAGCCUGAGGAGCAUAAAAAGUUGGAGCUGCGCAGACAGAAGCAGGCGGCUCGCUCAGCUCGCGUCAUCUAUGUUCUCCAGCAACAGGUGAAAGAUAUUCAAGAUGAUAUAGAGAAACUACAAAGCCAGAAAAUGUGGGACAACAAGAAGACGACAACAAUUAACCGGCUUGCAGCUGCCCACCGUGGGACUCUCAGGGCGCUACAAGUUGUUAUCCAACAGCUUUCAGAUUUGUCCUUCAGUAAGGUACCCCCUCAUUACAAAGGGCUGGGUCAGCUAAUUCGCCAGCUCUCACUGUGCUCAGCCAAGGUGGAGGUGGACCAAGGAUCAUCAGUGCCCAAGUCGGCCCUCAAGAUCCUGGAGAAACUAGAGACGUUGGAGUUUGCCAUUCGUAAACAAGAAAUGUUGGAAAAGAUUCAGGCCCAAGCAUGUCCUCCACGCAGGACGUCUUCUCAUCCUAACACCUUACCUAAGAGUGCACCUCAGGGUGCCAACAACCUAACUGCUCGUGGGCCUCGGAAAUCUUCAAAUCCCAGAAGAGGUGUUCGCGGCUGUAAACUGACCCCACAUAAGCCCAAAACUACUCACUAUCCCAUAAAAAGAAAAGAGUUACCAAGGACCAGCCUGGAGAGCCUCGUCCAGCAGAGGGAGCUGAGAGAACAACAGGGACUAAAGACUAAAACCAUCUGUAGAAAAGGACAACACUUUGGAAGGAAAAAGUCUGAAAUCAUCCCAAAGCGUAAUCAGAUGCAGGAUGCGGGCUUUAGUCAGCCUACAGUCUCUUCUCGGCUCAGAGUGAAUCAACUCCCUCAAAAAGAGCGCUCUCUGCCCUGGAUGCCUACCUCCCCUCACUCUCCGCCUCCACAGCGAUCCCCUCAGAAGGAGCGAUCCCAGCCUCGCUGUCUCUUCUCUCCGGUGAAGCCCUCACUGAGCUCUCCACAGCGGAGGGGUUACAGCGGUCAGGAAGCAGAGCUGGCCCUGAGCUCAGAACAGAAGAAACAGGCUCAGGAUGAGGCAGUAAGGAAUGCCAGGUUGGAUAAGGUGAUGAUGCGCAGACUGCAAGAGCUUAAUCAGCUGAGUAGAGAAGAGACGGAGGGAAUUCAGAGAUUAAGGUCUGAGAUUGUCUCACCAACUCUGUGGGCUGAGAGAGCUGAGCAGAAGGCCAGAGAAAAAAUCCAGCCUCUUCUGGAUGAAGCACAGCAGAUUGGUAAGUCCAGGGACAGGAUGAGCCCCUCAUUGAGGAAUCGUCACCUCGAGCAGGCUGCAGAGAGUGCAGCAGAAAGUGCAGAGCAGCUUAGUGAGGCGCUUCUGGAGGAUCUGUUAGAGGACACUGCACGGGCAGCGUGGGCAGCUAGCACAGACAGGCAGUUGGAGGACAUGGCUCAGUGCAGGCUACAGGCCCCCACCCUGGAGAGCAUGCUGCUUCGUAUGGAUGAAAUACAGAGGGACCAGGAGGAAGUUCGUAGACGGUUUGCUUCUAUCACCUAUUCCGAUCCCCUUUACUGGAACCCACCAAAGGCAGCAGCACCGCCGAGCUGUAGUCCUCAGCCAAUUAGGCUCACACGGCCAGUAAUGAAGCAGACCUCUGCAGCCGAUAUUGUCCUGAAAAACCCUGUGGAGACUGGGCUGGCAGAGGAGGCGUCCCAAGAGGAGCAGCUGCAGCCGGCCUGGAUCAGCACCGCGCCGCCAGAGCCAGGGAGAAGCAGAGGGACGCCCAUCUCGGUUCCAGGCGGCUCGCUGAGAAACAUCAGGCGGUACCGGGAAAGCUACGAGACCUACCUGCACAAAGUGGCUCACGAGGCUGUCGGCAGCUUCAACCCCUGGGCCAUCGCCGAAAGCCUGGCGGAGGACCUGCUCUCAGAGGCUCUGGCCGACGUGGCAGCAGAGUUUCAGGACGUGGUGGAGGAUUACGCAGAGGCCGUCUUCACCUCAGAGUUCCUGCAGCCCGUCCAGUCUCCUCCGGCUGCGGCGGCAGCUGUGGUCAUUAGCUAGAUGACACGUCGUUGCAGAUGUUGUCGCAGCACCGUUGUGUAUUUAUUUUAAAAUACAUUUUCAUAACAGGUUUAUUAUUUCGCUGGAUGUGUGUGUUCAUAGAUCACUAAUCUGAUUUUGUAUCAGGCUUAUUUAUUGGGGGUUGUAGAUGCUUUUAAUGAAGCCGCGGCAGAUAACGCUGUUGGACAGGGAGUGUUGGUGACAUUAGUCUUUAUGGUCCAUCUGUAGCUGUGAUUGAAUUCCUCUGGGAAAGUUAGUUGUGAUAAGCCUGAAGAGACCAUUACAGAGGAUUAUAAGAUUACCCCCCCAUCCCUGUGUUCUGCUGGAUUGCUCACGUUUCCUAUUUCACCUUGGAAAAUGGAAAUACAGUAAAUGAAUUGCAUAUGGUCUCCCCUAAUAAUACAGGCUAAAACAAGGACAUCAUGUGUUUUAAUCUGUUUGAACUACAUUUUUAUCCUUUGAAUAAAGAAGCUAAAUUUCCACUCA